UACCCAACCACACCCUAGGCGACGGUCACAUCCGCUUCUGCCCCCCAAAAAACUUUGGGCUGCCAGGCUCGGCCCCAUCCCGCCUGCUGGUACUGUUGCUGGCCUCCGCCUUGGCCCGCUCCUCUCUCGUUCUCACUCACUUCGCCCUCUUGCCUGCCUGCCUUGCUCUUUCUCUCCCUCUCUCUUCCCUCAACCACUCACUGCCCGGCAUCGUCCACGGAGAUUCACUUCUCUGCCACGGCCGCUGGUUUCUCUACCUCUUUCUCUAUAGCCACCGUUUAUUCAGGCACACGACUUGUAGUUUUUCUCUCCCACUGCCUCGUCACUACUGCGAAUCUCCGUCUACCUUCGUGACCCCGUGGGGUCCGCAACAUCGAGUUGCGUCUUGGUCACUGCUUGCCAAUCAAUAUUUAUCUUGGUUGCCUUUGGCCUCCAAUCGACGCGAAUAUCCCUUCUAGACCGACACUUCUACUCGAACGACCUCAGAAGACACUUUUAAAAACCAUACCACCGAAAACCUAACCUUUUUGCCCUUCACCUCACCUGUUCCCAUUAGCCUCCCAGCUUUUGGUUACGUUACGCUACGUCCCGUGACAUCCGCACUUCACGACCAUAACAUUCGACAUUUACGACACCAACAUACCCUCUCACCAUGACUUCUCUCAAAAUUAAGGACGCCGGCUGGGCUUUGAAGCCACCGGCUGACGAUGCGUCCCUACCUCCUCAGGCUUUUGGCCUGACGCUUAGUAGCAACGUUAUUGAGGACAUGAUCAAAGCUGCUCAAAAUAACCAGAGUAUUGAACUUUCCCUGGGAAAAUCUCCGACUCUGCACUAUGGAUCGAAAUCCUAUAAAAUACAGAACCCUGCCGACGAUGCUCCCUGCGAAUUCUAUCUUUCCCGGCCGUACGAGUCGACGAAGAUGGCAAUUCGUCUUCCUCAUACAGGCUCCCUAUUCACAAAGGUGAAGUUGCCUGGCAAGCCUCUGUCAAGUAAAGUAGCAGGGAUGUCUGGCAAGUCCUCCGGUCUGGAACACGAUAUGGAGACAUUGCAAAAUGGCAUGGCAGCUCACGAGGCAGCUCGUGACAAAACACAAGUUGUUGACCGACUCACCUCGACAAAGCGAUCUACCAAAACAAAAAACGGUCUGCUGUCUGGAUUCACCUCAGGAUCCUCUCGAUCGAAGCCCACCUCGCCGGGACACAAGCCGAAUCCAUCGCCAUCGGCGACCCCAGUCCUCUCUGCCACGCAGCUGGCAAUGGAACGGGCGAAAGAACAACGAUUUGUGCUCGUCCAUGAACUUGCUGUUAAAGAGCGUUCAUCCGAUUAUCUGAAAAAUAAGUGGCAAGGAAAGCCAGAGGAGUUCAGCUCCGCGCUCGAGAAGGUGGCCGAUUACAACUCAGAUUCCAAGUCGUGGAGUAUGAGAAAGGGUCAUUGGAAGGAACUCGACGUCUGGAAAUACGACUAUCAAGACCAAGACGAGCGACAAAAAGCCAUCGACAACGCCAUUCGGCAAUAUGAUAAACAGAGACUUUCAUCCUCUGAACCAGAAUGGCAGAAGCUUUUGCCCAAGGAGGAACGCGGUCAAGGCAAAUGUCUUAGUCGCCUACAAGCAAAUAUUGCCAAAGGACCCCCACAGCCUGCACCUAAGAUUAAGAUUCAAAAGGCAGAUGAUAGCUCAACGUCACGCGAUGACAUUGACAGUGUCAGCAGCGAACGAAGCAGAAUUGGUGGCGAGCCUAUGUCUCGAUCCAAUUCAAGCUCUCUUUCGGCUAAGGCUAAGAAGCUCAACGAUUUUGCAAAGAAGGCCAGCAGCACCACGAUCAAAGCACCACUGUCGAAGAAGACGUCCCCCGUCAAGGCUAAGCCUGCAGCUGCCAAAGCCAACGGAGGAAAGUACUUGUCACAGGAGAUUAUUGUCAACUCAGAUUCGUCUGGUGAUGAAAUACCACUUGCACGUCAAAAGCCCGUGGUAUCCAAGGUGACUGCCAGUAGGCCGCCACCACCCUCGCAACCCAAGAGUCAACCAAGCAAACGUCCACGUGAUGAUGAUGACUCCAGCUCCAGCUCCGGCACGCCUCUGUCCAAGCGAUUGAAGCAGAAGCAGCCGUUAUUGAGCUCCAAACUGAAGGAUCGUCCCUCUGACGCUAACCAGCGCGGACGUAACGGAACAACUGCACACUCUUCUACGGCCCCGAGGGCGAAGAACACCUCACCAACGAAAUCAUCACCACUUGCUUCGUCACCACCAACUAACGCGUCGGACAUGGAAGCUGAUCGUCCUGCGCCCUCCAAAAAGCGCAAGGCCGAGACCGACACAAAGGCUUCGAUGAUCAAGCGCCGAGCUGUUGACAGUCUUUCCACUGCUGUGGUUAAUAAGGCUAAUAAGUUCAAGCUGUAUUAUUCAAAGUAUGAAGCCCUGCACUACGAGGUGGCGUCCCUCGACAACCCACCCGAGGACAAGGUUUCACACCUUUUGUCAAUGCGUGGUGCUCUUGAGUCUAUGAAGAAGGAGAUUUACCGUGAAUGUUCGCCGGUAUGAGUUGUCGAGACGAUGAGAAUGGUUUAGGGGCUGACUUUGUUGCUUUAAUGACAACACCCACCAACUUGCAUUUGAUUUUAUAACCGGCGCAACACAUACAGGAUACACCCAGUGGUUUUUGUCUUUUGUCUUUUCGUUUUUUUCGCUUAAAAUUACUUAUGCAUCUGAACCUUGGGGAAAAAAUUCUAUAGCGGGUACUUUUUGGCGUUUCUUUCAUCCCGACAAAGACGGGAAGGGCAUCCGUAAUUGAGGAUAGCUCUACAUUUUCUAUUUGGCACUGUUGAAAGGAUUCUCUGUAGAGUCUAUUUACUUGGUAUUUCAGAGUUGUUAAUGAAACCAAUACAAUGAAACAUUACG